UUCAGUUUAGAGAAAUCGAAACUAAACUUAAACUGUUGGAUGUCUCUCUGUCUGUGAGUGCACGUAGUACAAUGGCAGGAACGAGUAUUUCAGUGGCUCAGUUAAAUUGUUCAAUCUGUCUGAAUCUACCGACGGAUCCAGUGGCCCUCACCUGUGGACACAGUUACUGUGUGCGCUGCAUUACAGGCUGCUGGGAUCAGGAUGAUCAGAAGGGAGUCUACAGCUGUCCUCAGUGCAGACAGAUCUUCACUCCAAGACCUGUUUUAGGUAAAAACACCAUGCUGGUUAAAGUGGAGGAUAAUCCGAGGAAGAGAAAAAUACAAGCUGCUCAACUUGAUCACUGUUAUGGUGAACUUGGAGAUGUGGAGUGUGAUGUCUGUACUGGGGAGAAAAAUAAAGCCAUCAAGUCCUGUCUGGUAUGUCUGAACUCUUAUUGUCAAAACCAUUUUGAAUGUCAUGAAGAACUUCACCCAGGAAAGCGUCAUAAAGUCACUGAUGUUGCUGGACAACUGCAGAAGAUGAUCUGCACUAAACAUGAUAAGCUGAAGGAAAUUUUCUGUCGUGCUGAUCAGUGCUGUAUAUGUUAUCUGUGUAUGUUGGAUGAACACAAAAACCACGACACUGUCUCAGCUGGAGCAGAGAGGACUGAGAAACAGACACAGUUGGGUGAGAUACAAAGAAAAUUCCAGAAGAGAAUCCAGGAGAGAAAGAAGGAGCUUGAGGAGCUGAGAGAGACUGUAGAUACUUACAAGCGCUCUGCACAGACAGCAGUGGAGGACAGUGAGAGGAUCUUUACUGAGCUGAUCCGCUCCAUUGAGAGAAGGCGCUCUGAGGUGACACGGCUGAUCAGAGAUCAGGAAAAGACUGAAGUGAGUCGAGCUGAAGAACAACUGAAGCGACUGGAGCAGGAGUUGAAGAGCCUUAGGAGGAGAGACAUUGAGCUGGAGCAGCUUUCACACACUGACAAUCACAUCCAUUUCCUCCAGAGUUUCCAGUCUCUCUCUGUUUCUCCUGGAUCUACAGACUCACCAAGCAUCAUUUUCAGUUCUCGCCUUUCUUUUGAUGAUGUUGGUAAAUCUGUGUCUGAUCUAAGAGAAAAACUUGAACAUUUCUGCAGAGAGGAGAUGGAAAAGAUUCAUAGUAAAGCAAAAUAUAUUGAGAUCAUUCCCACCCCUGAACUCAAGACAAGGGACGAGUUUCUACAGUAUUUCUUCCAGUUCACAGUGGAUUCAAACACAGUUCAUAAAAACCUCCAUCUGUCUAAAGGGGACAGAGUAAUUACUUACACUGACACAGACCAACCGUAUCCUGAUCAUCCUGACAGAUUUGAUACUCUGCAGCAAGUGUUGUGUAGAGAGAGUGUGUGUGGACGCUCUUACUGGGAGGUGGAGUGGAGUGGUCGGGUGGAAAUAACAGUGUCAUAUAAGAGCAUCAGCAGGAAGGGACAUGAUGAUGAUGAUGAUGAUGAUGAGGACAAAAAUGAAGACCAUGAAGAAGAUGAUACUAAUUAUGACACAUGUGAAUUUGGACGUAAUGAUCAGUCCUGGUGUUUGUUCUGCUCUGACUCCAGUUACUCAUUCUGGCAUCAUAACAAAGGGAUUAAACUCCCUGAGGUCUCCAGCUCCUCUAGAAUAGGAGUGUAUGUGGAUCACGGUGCAGGAACUCUGUCCUUCUACAGCGUCUCUGACACAAUGACCCUCAUUCACAGAGUCCACACAACAUUCACUCAGCCUCUCUAUCCUGGGUUUGAGAUUUUUGAUGACUCAAUUUUGAAACUGUGUGAGAUAUCAAAAUAUUAAUACAUACAGUAAACUGUGAAAAUAAUCAAUAACAAGCUUUAAUCAAUACUAUAGCUGAAAUGUAUGAAAAACAAGUUCAUUACAUACUAUCGGAGCUGAAAUGUUUCAUCAGAUUGAUUUAUAACAGUUAUAAUAAAAAAUAGGGCCUAUUUUCAUUUGUGUUACAGAAACCUGUGAAAUAAAAUGUUUUCAGACAA